UAGGUGGCGUGUUUUGUCUAUGGAUGCCUUUAGCUGUGGACAUUCAAGUGGGAAAUUUUUGAAAUGAUAUCAUGUUCCAACAUGUUUGGAUCUCACUGUGAAUUAUCAGAUGGCGUGGCGAAGUCUAAUGAGCACUCAAGUCGACCCCCGCUUUUGCAGAAUUGUUGGCGUCUGGUCGGACCGAGCAGCGCGCACAUUCUAACCGCAGCCCGCGAGCAACGGCGCUGAAUCGCCCUAAACAUGAAGUUCGGAUCCGCACUCGCGUUCUGGUUCUUCGGUUUUGCGUGUGUGUCAGAAUGCACGCCACCGACCUGUUACUCCAGGGCGCUGAGCUUGAGCAAAGAAGUGAUGACCCUCUUGGAUAAGAUCCACACUUACCACCGUAUGAAAACGUGUGCUGAGGUCCUACCCACCAUCUUCCUUGACGUGCACAACUCGUGUGUGACGACCAAGCUCCGUGACUUCCUCUACGUGCUCCUAAACCAUCCCAGCCGGAACUGCAGAGAGCGACCCAGGAUGGUACUGCUGAAAACCAAAAUGCAGAACUUGUACGCCAUAAUCAGCCGAAUUUGCUAUCGGGACUUGGUGUUUUUCACAGACGACUGCGGGGCCAUCGACACUGGCCACAGCAGGCCUCACUACGCGGAGGACAGACUUCAGAUUUUGCAGGAGGAGAGAUAAUCAACAAGAAGGGGGUAGCCUCAAAGCACUUCCAAACAGUCUAACGUCAUCACAAUAUAUGCAUAAACAUUACACGUAUUCAAUCAUAAGCAGCACAGGACGGCGUGCAAACUCGUGUUUAGUGGACAUGCCUGGUUACAUUCCUGCAAGAACAGCAAAACUUUCCACAGGAAAUUUGUCGAAUGCCAGCCGUGCCGACGCAAAUCUUGAAAUAAUAAACCAGUAAGAGAUGCUUGUGAGCAGCCUUCACCUCUGUUAACUUACCACGGCUGAUCAAAGCUCCAUGUGUCAUUAAGAGAAAUCGGCUGUGUUGCCGUAACCUUUGCCCUCACUAAACAACCAGUAACGAACCAGCACCAUGUGCAACAAAGUUACUCCACUUAUUUGAUAAUGUUUUGGAAGGAAUACUAUUCUGACAUUUUUUUUCUGACAUUCUCACCACAUUGCUUCACAUCAAGUCAAGACUUGUGGUUUUUACUCAAAUAAUGCAAACUCUUUCAGUUUAUCUCUUUUCUAUGUCUUUUUCCAUGUCUGGAUGGACAUGAUCCCACUCAGAAUAAACCUUUGGUUUUGCUGUGA